CUUGGCUCCGAGGAGCCUUUCAGGAGGCGGGGAAGCUUCCUACUCUGAACCGAGGAGGAGGAGGAGGAGGAGGAGGAGGCCUGGUCUGGAGACUCCGAAGGAGCUGAUCGUUCUCUGGCUCAGGUAAUCUCAAAGGUGCUACAAGAUCUCUCCACAUACAGUUUUCACCAUAGUUAAAGUCACUGUUGGUGCAAUCUAUCACUACAUCGAAGAUGUGCAUGGAAUGGCAGAGGAGAUUUUCUCCAGAAAGAAAGGGGAGUGUAUGAUCUUGUGACCAGCUUCUGUUCAUCUUAACCACCUUUUAAAAAGUCCUGUUGCUUCUUCCUCACUGUUUUCCCACAGUUUUCCCUAUUUCCAGCAUAUUCUUGCAGUCUGCUCUGUUUAUUGUGUAAAUAUUUUAAAUUCUCUAAACACACACACAUAACAGUAUCAACCCAAUAUUUCAAUACAAGAAAACACAUAUGUUUUGGAGCAAGAUUAUUGGUGAUAUUAUAUGUAAAAUUUCAAAAUUCAAUGUCUCAAACAUUACAGAUAGAACAAUUGUGUCAGAGGUUUACGGAGUUUAUUCUUAUGCAGCGGGAUCUUGUACCACCUAUGAGACUUACGUAAUUUAGGGAAAGAAAGUUGUAGCAUAGUACCACCAGGAUUGUGGGUGAUGUGAUUAGGUCCUGUGAUGACAUUUCCUGAGUAGAUGUCUGGGCAGAGUUGUCAUCUAGCCUCUGGGUUUGUGGCAAGGUCUUUUACCUGUCUCACCAUUUGUGUUGUGUGUCCUCUUGUAGGUAAGUGACUGUUUGGGGUUUGGAGGCUGUCCAUAGGCAAGUAAAGGCCUGCCACCAAGAGCCCUUGAGAGGGAAACAUUACUGUCCAGAAUGGGUUAUACUUCACUGAUGUACCCCUGUGUGAAUGUAUCCAGUCCAAUAAAGGAAAACAAAAUCUGCUCAUUUUAAAGUAAGUGAAAAGAUGGUGAAUGAAGAAGAAGAGGGUACUUCUCAGCAAAGAGAUCCCAAACCAACAUUGCAUGGAACGCCUUCAGAAAGUUGCCCAAGGAAUGCUUCCCCAGACCAUGAAUUGGAAGGAGAUGAAAUCAGUGAGACCAGUUCAGAGAUUGAGGGGAGAAGCUCAGCCCCAGAACUGGAGAAUGAAUCUCUUCCCAUCAACGGAGGUGCUUGUCAAUCGCAGACACAGUACAUCUGCCCUGUUUGUGGAGAAUGCUUUAAUGGGAGUUCCUGCCUCGUCGAGCAUCAAAAAGUCCACAAAGAAGAGAAGCCACACACAUGCCCUGUCUGUGGAAAGGGCUUCAGCCAGCAGGCUGACUUGGCUGAGCACAUGCAGAGCCACACAGAUGAGAAACCAUUUUCUUGCCUGGAAUGUGGGAGAACCUUCCUCUUCAGCUCUGACCUGGUUUCUCAUCAGAAAGUCCACACAGGAGAGAAACCCUACAUCUGUCUGGAGUGUGGGAAGGGCUUCUCCCAGAGUUCCCAGCUGAUGUCUCACCGGAGAGUCCACACGGGAGAAAAGCCCUAUGAAUGCAUCAUCUGUGAGAAGAGCUUUCGGUCCAACUAUGACCUGGUCAACCACCAGAGAAGUCACACGGGAGAGAAACCUUACAUAUGUUCUGACUGUGGGAAAAGCUUUACCCGGAGUUCGCACCUAAUCUCCCAUCAGAGAGUACACACCGGGGAGAGGCCCUAUCCCUGUGGGAUUUGUGGGAAGCGGUUCCGAGACUGCUCCCAUUUGAUUAGGCAUCAGAGAGUCCAUACUGGUGAGAAACCUUACGAGUGUUCCAUAUGUGGGAAGAGCUUUCGGGUCAACUACGACUUAGUGACCCAUCAGAGAAACCACACUGGAGAAAAGCCGUAUGAAUGCCCCGACUGUGGGAAGGGCUUUAAGCGGAGUUCCCAUCUCAUCUGCCACCAGCGGGUUCACACAGGGGAAAGGCCCUACCCCUGUGGCAUCUGUGGGAAAAGUUUCAGUUACAGCUCAGACCUGAUUAAACACCAGAGAAUCCACACAGGUGAGAAACCUUACGAAUGUCAUAUCUGUGGGAAGAGCUUCCGAAUCAACGCCGACCUCGUCACUCAUCAGCGAAUCCACACAGGAGAGAAACCCUAUACCUGCGCCGAUUGUGGGAAAUGUUUUGCUCGGAGCUCACGCCUUGUAUCCCACCAGAGAGUCCAUGUGAAGGAUGGAAGUCUUGGAACAGCCCUUUCUGAAACUGACACAUCCCCUGGUGCCACUACCUGGUCCCCGGCGUCUGAACGUCCCUGGAGUCAAGAGGAGAAAGUAGCUCAAUCCCUUAAGCAAAGCGGUGACCCUGCUGCUCUGACUGGACUUGCAAAUUCGAGUCAGUUUGUCCUCAGCAAUGCUUCUCAAGCAACCCACAUGGGUGAGAUAAAGGUAGAGUGUCUUUCUUGAUUCCUGCUAUUGUGUGAGCAGUGAGACAACAGUGGGAUACAAAACACUGACUUGGAGUAUGGAACAGUAUCAUGAAUUCCUCCUUCCAUCCCUUUUCACUUGGGUAAGUUUAAAGGGAAGAUUGAAGUAAGCCUUGUAUUUACAAAACUUUGGAGUCUCUGAGCUGUCUUUCUCAUUGUGAACCUCAGAGGAUGUGUGCAUUGGCACAAGGAACUACAGUAAAUCAUGUCUCGCACCAUGGCAUAGUUACUACCAAACACAUCUUCAUUAAAAGCCAUUUUUAAAGCUGUUCACUUUGGUUUUGCUUACCCCAGUGGAAUCCUUGAUAAAUAUAGGCCAGAGAGUCUUGAGAAAUUUUCACUAAAAAUUCCUAGAAUUUAAAAACAAUGCUUAUUUAUUUGGCAGUGAGGAAGUAUACAAAACUAGAGUUGAGGUUGGUCACACCCAUUUUAGAAAAAUUAAAAACAUGAUACAAAACAAAGAGUACUGCUCUACAUGGUUUGCCUGGAAAUGAUUAAAGAAGCAAGAAGAAAAAAAAAUGGGAGACCACCCCAAAAGUUUCUUACUGCAAUGAACCUUUCCCAAUGUUGAGUUUGUAUCAUCUCCUGUUCACCCAACCCCUGGUGUUCCCAUAUAAAGUAAGCCUUCCUGCUUUCUUCUAUUCCUAUGAGGAAGCCAUGGCUCUGAAAAUAGUUCAGUAUAUACAUGGCUGCAAAGUUUAUUCUGAAAGUGGAUAAAUCCUCCCUGCCCCCCAUGUUUUCAGUAUAAUAAAGUACUUCAGUUGGAUAGUGUAGAGCUUUAAGUCAUUAAUAAAAAUAAUAUUUAAUUUAAUUUAUAAGAGAGACUUCUUCCUUGUAGGGUUGACCCAAAGAGAGAUCCCUAUAGGACAGCACAGAGAUGCUUUUUAUUUCUUCUUGGAGUGAGUGUAGGGGUGUGUGCAGGAACCAUGCUGGACUCAUACAGAGAAUGUUUGUUUCACACUCCUGUCCAGCCUGCCCCUGCUACCUCGGUUUUGAAAGGUUUUUAUUUUGGGGCAGAAUUCACCAUCCAGCAUGACAAUUGACCCUGGUGGCUGUUGGAUUCUGGAUGUUGUAGUCCAAGGAAUAGCUUUUUCUACCUCUGCUUUUUUCAAGGAACACAAAUACAGUUUUUCUUCCCAGUACAGGGAAGGCUGGUUGCAAAUGUGCAAUAUGUACAUCGGUUCUCUUGGUGCAUAUGCAUGUACCGGAGAGGAGGAGAAAAACAAUCCAUGUAGAGAUUUCUCUCUGCACCUAUGCAGGAAAGAAUCAGGCCCAUUUGUUUUUUAUUUCAAGAAUUUCCAAGGGAUUUUAAUCCAAAUGCCCCAAAUGCUUUUUUAAAAAAAGUCUAGUAUGACAGAUUUUAAUACAUAUGUUCUGAUAUGGUAAAAGCAUAUACUCUGUUCCUUAAUAGUUCCACACUAACCCUUUUGCUUUGCUUAUCUGUAUUGGUGUUAUAAACUUUUUUUCUUGUCCUGAUGUCUUAAAUGUUUGCUAACAACUCCACCUGGGGGGGGGGGGGCGGUUCCAGUACCUUAAAUCCAGGGUUUGAGUGUAAGGGCUUCCAGUACCUUAAAUCAACUUGAACUGCAAUCCUAUGCAUGCAUCUGGGAGGGAAUCGCGUUGAAUUUGAUGGGGCUUUUAUCUGAGUAAAAGUGAAGGAUUUGCACAGUCAGUUUGGUAACUACCAGUAAAAUGAAUAUGACGUCAUCUUUUUAGUCAGUGUAUUUGUUUCAGCCUUGUAUUUAAGCAUCACCUGGUUGAUAUAGACAAUAAGGAAAUGAACAAGGUGGAUGUAAGAUGGUGGAAAUAGAGCAGCUAGCAGUUUCCAGUACAGGCCAGUAAUGGUAGGAUAGAGAGAGGCUAGUAACAUAACAGUAUCACAGGUUGAGUUUCCCUUAUCAAGAAUUCCAAAAACCAAAAUACAGUUGGCCCUCCAUAUCCACGGAUUCAAGCAUUCACAGACUGAAAAUAUUCCAAAAUACAUAAAUUCCAAAAAGCAAAGCU